CCCAAAUCCGAUUGUCAAAGGAGGAAUGUUAAGCAUAAAUAUUAGUGGUGAAACUGAAAUUGCUAUUGGAGAAGGCGCUAGUAUAAUCGGCACGGCAUUUUAUAAUGGAUAUCCCAUAAAUAGUUAUCCUGAAGAUUUUUGUGAAGGAUGGGUGCGAAAGUCUGGCGGCGAGUGUCCUAUUUUACCUGGAAAAUUUUCCUGUGGUACCACAAUGUUUGUGCAUCAUGGACAAGAAACGAAUGUUGUCCUGCAUUUUGACAUGACUAUUAUAAUUGUUAACAAUGAUUCAGAAGUUGUUGCUUGUAUGGAGGGAGUUGUAGCAAGUGUACAAUAUGAUUAA